AGCAGGUAAUGAUGAUACAGUAUAUAAGCCUGUUGUCUCUGCCCAGGUACUCACACUAGACCUGGGCUGUCAGGUCCACCAUAUCACCUGAGGAGAUUAUCACCAGCCAGAGGGAGACGUCAACACCUCCAGGAUGAGUUCCCUGACCUCUGACCCUAACCAGACAGACGUCAACGACAUCAUCCGACCCCCUUACUUCUUCAUCAGUGGUUUCAUAGCCGUCCCCGACAUGAAAUACUACUACAUCUUCCUCUGUUUUGUUUACAUCAUCUCUCUGGUGGGCAACACCUUCGUCAUGACUGGCAUCUACGUGGACCGCAGUCUCCACAGCCCCAAGUACAUCGCUGUGUUCAACCUGGCCUUCACAGACGUGUGUGAAAGCACGGCCCUGGUUCCCAAGCUGCUGGACAUGUUUCUGUUCAGCAGACAGCUCAUCUCCUACGACCAGUGUCUCACGAGCCUCUUCUUCGUCUUCCUCUUCAUCACCAUGCAGUCCUUCAACCUCACCAUCCUGUCCUAUGACAGACUGGUGGCCAUCUGCUACCCGCUCAGGUACCACAUGAUGAUCACUCACAGGUCCAUGCUCCAGCUGACGGGGGCCGCCUGGGCGUUUGCUGUGUUGAUGGUGUUGAUCUCUGUGUGUCUCAUCACCCGGCUCUCUUUCUGUAGGUCUCUGGUGAUCAACAGCUACUUCUGUGACCACGGUCCCCUGUUCCGUCUGGCGGCCCCCUGUUCUAACGUGGUCCCUAACAUAGCGAUGAGCGAAAUCAACCCCUGUAUAGUUCUCUAUCUCCCAAUGAUCUUCAUCAUAUCAUCAUACAUCUGUAUAACACACGCCCUGUUCACCGUCACACUGCCGCAGGACAGACUCAGAGCCAUUAAGACAUGUACCUCACACCUAAUACUGGUGGCCAUAUUCUACCUGCCCAUUAUUUUCACGUACUCUCUCUACACCAUCAUACCAACCAACGCCCGGAUCAUCAACCUCUCCCUGACCUCGAUACUGCCACCAAUGCUCAAUCCCAUCGUAUACGUUCUGAAGACGGAGGAGUUUAAGGUAUCAGCCAAGAAGAUGCUCAGAAGAGGGGCCCAAAGAGCUGUGACGCAGGGCAAACCAACAUGAAGUACUUGAAUUUUUUCUCUUAAAAAGAAUAUAUUUACAGUGCCUUCUGAAAGUAUUCACACCUAACAGCCAUUUUCAAGUCUUGGCAUAGAUUUUUCAAGGCGAUUUAAGUCAAAACUGUAACUUAGCCACUCAGGAACAUUCACUGUCACCAUGGUAAGCAAUGGCAGUGUAUAUUUGAUCUUAUGUUUUGGGUUAUUGUCUUGCUGAACUGUGAAUUUGUCUUCCAGUGUCUUUUGGAAAGCAGACUGAACCAGCUUUUCCUCUCGGAUUUAGCCGGUGCUUAGUUUCUUUUUAUCCUAAUAAACUCUAGUCCUUGCAGAUGACAAGCAUACCUAUGUUGCAGCCACCACCAUGCUUGGAAAUAUGUGGUACUUAGUGAUCUGUUGAGUUGGAUUUACAUCAACCAUAACACUUUGUAUUCAGGACAUAAAGUUAAACUUCUUAGCCAUUUAUUUUUACAGUUUUACUUUAGUGCCUUAUUGGAAACAGGACUCCUGUCUUGGAAUAUCUUUAUUCUGCACAGGUUUCCUUCUUUUCAGGCUGUAAGGUAAGGUAAGGUGUUGAUCCAUCCUCAGUUUUCUCACAGCCAUUAAAAUCUGCAACUGUUUUAUGGUGAAAUAGCAGCUUCCUUCUUCUCCUGCAACUGAGUUAGGAGGAACGCAUGUAUCAUGACACAAGGCGAGACCCAGAUGCAGACACAGGAGGCAGAUGGUUGGAGUCUUACAAUGUUUAUUCAUCCAAAAGGAGGCAAGAGGUCGUGGACAGGCCAAAGGUCAAAACCAGAUCAGAGUCCAGGAGGUACAGAGUAGCAGACAGGCUCGUGGUCAGGACAGGCAGAAUGGUCAGGCAGACUCGGGGUCAGGACAGGCUCGUGGUCAAGGCAGGCAGAAUGGUCAGGCAGACACCGGGUCAGGACAGGCAGACUGGUCAGGCAGGCAGAAUGGUCAGGCAGGUGGGUACAGAGUCCAGAAACAGGCAACGGUCAAAACCUGGAGGACUAGAAAAAGGAGAAUAGCAAAAAGCAGGAGAACGGGGGAAAAACACUGGUUGAAAAACAUACAAGACUAUAAAUACACUGGUACAGAGAGACAGGAAACACAGGGAUAAAUACACUGGUACAGAGAGACAGGAAACACAGGGAUAAAUACACUGGCACAGAGAGACAGGGAUAAAUACACUGGCACAGAGAGACAGGAAACACAGGGAUAAAUACACUGGCACAGAGAGACAGGAAACACAGGGAUAAAUACACUGGCACAGAGAGACAGGAAACACAGGGAUAAAUACACUGGUACAGAGAGACAGGAGACACAGGGAUAAAUACACUGGCACAGAGAGACAGGAGACACAGGGAUAAAUACACUGGCACAGAGAGACAGGAAACACAGAGAUAAAUACACUGGCACAGAGAGACAGGAAACACAGGGAUAAAUACACUGGUACAGAGAGACAGGAGACACAGGGAUAAAUACACUGGCACAGAGAGACAGGAAACACAGGGAUAAAUACACUGGGGAAAAUCAGUGACACCUGGAAGGGGUGGAGACAAUCACAAGGAGCAGGUGAAACAGAUCAGGGCAUGACAGCAUGUAAGUAAGCCUGUAUCUUUGUAGUGACUGGGGGUGUUGAUACAUCAUCCAAAGUGUAAUGAAUAACUUCAUCAGCUCAAAGGGAUAUUCAAUGUCUUAUCUUUUGUUAUUGUUGAUUUUUACCGAUCAACAAAUCUUCUUUGCGAGGCAUUGGAAGACCUCCCUGGUCUUCGUGAUUGAAUCUGUGAUUGAAAAAUCGACUGAGGGACCUUUCAGAUGUAUGUGUAAGAUACAAAGGUUAAGUAGGCAUUCAAAAAUCAUUUUAAACAUUAUUAUUGCCGAGGGAGUCCAUGCAACUUAUUAUGUGAGUUGUUAAGCACAUUUUUACUCCAGAACGUAUUUGGACUUGCCAUUAUAAAGGAGUUGAAUACUUAUUAACUCAAGACAUUUCAGCUUUUAAUUUUGAAUUCAUUUGUAACCAUUUCUAAAACAUAAUUCCACGUUGACAUUAUGGGGUAUUGUGUGGAGGCCAGUGACCCAAACCUCUGAAUGGAAUCCAUUUUAAAUUCAGGCUGUAACACAACAACAUGUGUGGUAAUUCAAGAGGUGUGAAUACAUUCUGAAGGCUCAGUAUAUUAUGUCUAUAAGCCUUUAUAGCCAUUCAAUAAAUAACAUAUAUCAGUGUGAUAUCACGGUUUAAUAUAUUUAAUGUAUAUUUAGAUAUAGUUAUAUUUAGAAGUACUUGAAGUCUCAAAUGCAUUUAUAUCUCUCUUUUGCUAUCUCGGUUGCAACUUAUAUAUAUUUCAUUUUUUGAUUGGAAGGACGCUAUGUGUAACUACAGUGUAUCUGGCAUAGUGAAUUAUUGUAUUGUUGCUUCACUCAAUGAAGUGAAGUGGUAUGAAAAAAAAAGUAAAAUAUUUACACUAUA